AUGAAAGAAAACAGUACAGCAAAUAACCCCUUUGCUGUAUAUAAAAAAGAGGCAAUAAAUAGAGAAAAUGAAAAGGCAAUAAAGAGAAACAAAGAGAAGGAGAGAGAGGGAGAAAAAGAGAGGGAGAUAAAGAAGGAUGACGAAAAGAUCAUCCAUGCAGAUUCGUUAAGUGAUAUUUCCAUUUCAACUGUGAGCAACAGUACUGGAAUUGACUCCGAUUUGUAUAAUAACGUAGUGAGAAAAAUUAAAAAGGAAAAAAAGCAAAAGAAACGGGAAAAGGAACGGGAAAAGGAACGGGAAAGGAAGAGAAAAAGGAGAAGCAAAACGAGAAGCAGGACAAGAAGUAGAACUGGGAGCGAAGGACAAAAAAAACAGAAAAAUAAGGGAAGCAGUGAAACAAUAAACGAAAUUAAAACAUAUGGGAAUAGGAAUGAACAAAGGGUUGAAAGGAAAGAACUCGAGAAGGACAACCUAAACGGACAUAAGAGGGAGCGAGCCAGGGAACGAGAAAGGGAACGAGAAAGGGAACGAGAAAGGGAACACGAAAGGGAACAUGAAAAACACCAUGAAAGGAAGCAAGAAAAGCAACAUGAAAGGAAGAACGAAAAAAGAGAUCACAAAAGGAACUCUCUGGAGGAAGACAAAAGAAAUAAUGAUGAUGUAGAGGACAGGAAAAAGAGGAAGAAUAAAGAGUCUACCCAUGCUUAUAGAUCUAAUGAAGAAAAAAGAAAGAAAUAUAAGGGGGCUUCCAGUUCAAGCCACAAUAGUGACGUAAGGUCUAGGAAGCGUAAAGACACAGACAGAAAAAAAAAACAUAAAAGAUCAAGAUCUAGGAGUAAGCGAUCACACGAUGACCCAAUACCUGAGGAUCCGUUCAAUCCACUAUUGAUGGCUUACGAAAAAAGGAAAAGACAUAGAAACAGGAAAAUGAAUGAUGAAGUAUCGGACUCAAAUGGCAGAUGGAAACACGACAGAUAUGAAAGUACAUCUGAUGACCAAAAUAUCCCUGUUAGAGAACAAAAUCCAAAUAAGUCUCAACACAAAGUAGAUUUACAGCAAGUGAGGAAAAAUUUGUGGAAGUCAAAGGCAGGGGGUGUCUGUAUUCCGCAAAUAAGCGAAGAUACGGACUGA